CUAAAAAUUUAUAUGUUUUACAAUUUUAGAUAAUUAAUGAUCAUUUAAUGUUGGCAUGGAGCUGUCUCUGUUAAAUGUGCAUUGUCUGCCCAGCAAAAUCGUUGUUUUGUAUUGAGACUGCUUUUAAAAUUGCAAAUAUGUGUUCUAUAGUGAUUCUGUAUGAUCUUAUAUUUUUAAUGCGGGGUAAUUUCUUCCUGCUUCGUGGACCUGUAUUUUAAUUACUGUAUAGCAUCAACUUGUAGCCUGUGUUAUACAGCCGAAUGGUAGUCAUAGCCGCGGUUCAGAGCUGCCCUGAGCAAAAUGUGGCUCUGGCUGCGGCAAUUAUUCCGUCGAAAAGAAUCUAAGAAGUGCGACGGCAAAGUUUAUUUAGUAACGAAUUACUCUGAGUACCAAGGCACAGUUUUUGAGCCUUCUUAUGUACCUAUAGACGAUUCUUUUUUAUCUAAGCAAUGGCGUCGUUUUACAGAGUAUUUUAGCUGUGUAUUUCGUAGUGGAAUUAAGGGAUCAGAUAAUUCUGAUGAGGCUGCUGCAGAUGAGGCUAAUCGUUUAGCCUUUUUACGUGGUUCACGUAGUUCUAAUUUCAUCAAAACAACGAAAUACUCAUGGUUAACAUUUCUACCUCGUGUUAUAUUCUUUCAAAUUACGCGUAUAGGUAAUAUGAUAUUCUUAGGUGUAUCUUUUCUUCAACUGAUUGAUGAUGUGUCCGACUCGAAUGGAAUACCCACAUAUUUAAUUCCGGUGGUUUUUGUUAUUGUAGUAUGUUUGCUUAGAGAGUUGGCAUCUGAUCUUGCACGUUGGCGUCAUGAUGAGAAGGAGAACGGUCGCCUAGUUCAUGUAUUUCGAGGUGGGAAACUCGUAAAGAUGAAGCAGCGUGACAUUCGUGUGGGUGAUAUUGUAAAAGUCUACGCUUAUGAGUAUUUCCCGUCUGAUCUUGUGCUACUUAACUGUUGUGAUAAGCAUGGUGUAUGUAAUAUUGAGACGAAAAAUGCCGAUGGCGAAUCCAAUGUAAAAUACAAGCACGUGGUGCCCGAAUUGGCUGCCUUAUUCCAGAAUGAUGAAGAUGCAGCCAGGACACAGAUUAAAAUCGUUUGCGAGCCUCCUUCUGAUGAUCUGAGUUCAUUUUAUGGUGUGGCAUAUUAUAGCAAUGAAGAUGUACAUUCCAUACAAACCCAGCGGCUAGAACGUAUACAAGAUUUGCGAUCACAAUAUGGCGGCAAUUUGCGCAGCAGUGUAUCUAGUAUAGAUGUAAACAUAAAGACAGUUAAUCUGCAGUUUGACCAACUGCUACUACGUGGUACCUCGAUGGUCAAUACUGAAUGGGCUUAUUGUGUUGCUGUAUAUGUCGGGAAAGAAACACGCUUAUUGAAGGGUUCAGUUGGCACGUCUAAGCGCAAAAGUUCCAAACUUGAGGAUAUAUACCAAAGGAACUUGUUUGUUGUUAUGAUGAUACUUGUGGUUUCUGUUUUUCUAUCUGCUCUUUUGGGUGUCUAUUGGUUAUUGAGGGUAUCAACUAGUCAUGGUUACCUUCACGUAAGGCCUCAAUCAUCAUUUAUGCGGACUUUCUUUGUAACUAUGGGUAGUAUGUUACUUCUCCUAGCUGCCAUGAUACCUGUUGACCUGAUUAUAUUAUGGGAAAUAGUCCGUAUGGUUGAAUCGAAGCAGAUUAACUGGAACACUACUAUGGUAUCAGAUGGUAAACGUGCCGUAUCACGUAGUGACCAAUUAAUUGAGGAUUUAGCGCAUAUAACUCACAUAUAUACAGAUAAGACUGGUACCCUGACUCAGAAUGUCAUGAGUCUAAAGGCUUUAGGUUUUGGUAACUUGGGGUUGCUUCGUCAUCCUAAAUGGGAGCAUUACUUUUGGGACUUUUAUAGUUCCACUGAUCCUUCAUUGCGAAGCUCACUACGUGAAUUUGUGUUGGUGGCUUCAGUAUGCCACAGUGUUGUUAUACGUAAGGGGAGUGAAACUGUUAUUGAGAAGGAUGAGAUUACGUUAAAGAGCGUCAAUGGGAAGCCACGUCUGUUGGCGGUUCGCUAUGAUCCUGUAGAGUACGACGCCGCAUCGCCCGAUGAGCUGGCCCUUGUUGUAGGCAUGUCUAAAGUUGGUUGUGUUUUCACUAACCGUCGCACCAUUACUGAAAUUGAUAUCUCUCUUGUAACUCCAGAGGCUCAGAAGCUAGUAUUAAGUGAGGAAGAAUUUGCAUUGUGGGAUGCUAUCGCUGCUGAUGGUACGGUUCCUGUUUUACGAUUCUUUAUCCGUGAGGCUUUGGCCUUCGACUCUAAUCGCAAGUGCAUGAGUGUGGUGAUUGAGGAUACCAAUGGUGAGAUUCUUGUGCUCAAUAAGGGUGCUGAUAGUGCGAUGGUUCGUAUGCUCCAUGAUGAGCAACAAAUAAGUUGGGCUUCCAUGGAGGAGCAUUUGAGCAAGUUUGCAACCAUCGGUUUGCGAACUUUGGUUUGCGCCGUACGACACAUGGACCUAGCUGAAUAUGAAUUAUGGCAUAUGAAAUAUAAUGAGGUCCUAAUGUCAGGUGGCGGCCGUGACACCAGCAUAAAUGACGUUAUGUCUAAUCUAGAGUCCAAUUUAAAACUAGUGGGAUGCACUGGUAUAGAAGAUUUACUUCAGGUUGAGGUAGGAUCUGUGAUAAGUGAUUUGAAGAAGGCUGGUAUUGUCAUCUGGGUUCUCACUGGUGACAAGCUUGAAACGGCUAUAAGCAUUGGUCAUUCCACCAAUAUGCUCAACGAUGACACCCUAAAUGCAGUGUUAGAUAAUCCCGAUCCGGCUAUUGUAUCUCGUGAUUUGGAUGGCCACCUGUUGAAUUGUUUGGGUGCUACUAAGUUGCAGAAUCCAGAGUUAGAUUUACAUGUUACUUCUCCAGCGGUAUUACCCAAGUAUUCAACUGAAUGCGUUGUAGGUUCUCAAAGUAGUGAAAUAGCGCAGGAGUUUACCCAGUUUUGUGUUACUAUAACUGGCGAUGUCCUUCAGACGAUAUACAGCUGUAGGGUUCUUAAGCAUCGCUUUUUUCGUCUUGCUCAGUAUGCCACUGUAGUUAUAGCUUGUCGCAUGACUCAUAAGCAGAAAUGCCAGCUAACUCGGGAUAAUACGUCAUUUAAUAUUCACAGCACUUCACUUGCUAUUGGGGAUGGUGCUAAUGAUGUUGAUAUGAUAUUAACUGCGAAUGUUGGCGUUGGUAUUGAUGGUCGUGAGGGUCACCAAGCUUGUCAAAGUGCUGAUUUUAUUAUAUCUGAAUUCCGUUUUUUACGUCAGCUUCUUUUUGUUCAUGGUCGUGAGGCUCUUCGUAAGAACACCUUCUUACUUUAUUUUUGUAUUUUUCGCAAUUUUAGUUACAGUUUCGUAAACGUUAUAUAUAAUUUCUACACUGGAUUCAGCGGGGUCAGCGUCUUCAACACGUGGAGUAAGCAGAUUACUAACUUGUUCUUCACUUCGAUUCCUUUGAUGUUUUACGUGAUAUUAGAUCGUCAGGUUCCUCAUGAGCUUUUAACUCGUUAUCCCAUAUUGUAUAAUACCUGGAGUUUGAAGCCUGUGAAUAACUUUUUACGUGGGUUGAUAAGGCCUUUUGGUUCUAACUGGUUGGUUAAACGUCUUCGUAAACGUUUAGAGGAGCGUCGUGGAGUUCACGACCCUUUGAAUUUUUGGGGUUUUAUUUUAGCUGCGCUUUGGUUAUCUAUUUUUGAGACAUUGAUUAUCCUUAAGUUGACUGACACUACUGAUUUCAGUUUAUUGGAUGGUCGUCCUCAGACUUUUGGCUUCAACUUAUUUUCGCAGACGAUGUAUGUUCAUCACAUUUUGGCUGUUAAUGCGAUUGUAUGUUUAGUUUCUAAGACUUGGUUUUGGCCUAAUCACUUUUUCAUUUGGGGUGAGACAUUAACUUUGAUAAUAUUUUGGGUGAUUGUAAGUUUAGUCCCUGCUUUUGCUUUUGUGCCUGAGGCGCACGUUUUUUACGGCACUUUUGAAUCACUCCACACGUCAAUUAUAUACUACGGUGUUAUACUAUUGACAUUGGUGGUUUCUUUAUUUCCAUUUUGGGGAUAUUUAUACUACACUGCUGUUUUCAACCCAUCAUUGGAGGAUCGCAUUGCUCUUCAGUUGAAACAAGGUACUUUUAAUGGGAUCGUCCCAUCUCUACACAAUUCUGUUGCUUAUGUAGCCAAUGAGAAGAUAAACCGCAGCAAUUUAGAAUCUGGUUUUGCGUUUGCCAUAGAGCAGCGUGAUGCGCUAAUGGUUAUAAUACAGCGAACUAUCCAUAAGAUGUUUAAGACUUAAUAUUUUAAAUUUAAG